AGCCAGUGUAACAUUUAACACCGCCACACAAACCAUGAAACUUCCCUUCACAUGGAGCAGGAGAAAAUUGCUGUUGUGUUUGGUUAGUGUUGCCACUUUGUUACCAGUGGUAAUCGUUUUAGGUCCUUACUCUCAUCUCAGUCUCAUACCAAGACGAAUUGUCGAAGCUCUGUUAUUUUCAACUGACCUCCAAAUCUCUUGUGCCGAGAGUCUGUUUCAGGAGAUAACGUUAGUCGGGAAAGGUCACGGCACUCACCUCCUCCAUUCAAGUGGCUGUAAGCUACGCAAUACUACAGCACAACUUGAGCGAAAAUGCAUCAAGCCGGGAUUUUACAUCGUGUUUAUGGGCGACUCCAGGGUGAGACAACUCUUCGCUACAUCCGAGGUAUUUGGAACCAUACAGGGACUUACUGCAAAUUUCAGAAAGACGUAUUAUCUGAACUGGGUGGUGCAAAGCCCACAACUAUGGAUUUUAAAUGGAGACCCCGUGCGGACAACAAAUUGAUAGCUGACUUUAAAAACUGGUUAUCCCUAAUAGCUGAAGCCAGACCUGACGUCAUCAUCGUAGGAAUGGGAGUGUGGACCAUGCGUGAAACCAAUGCAACAGUGAAGGGGCAACAAGGAUACAAAGAUAAUCUAACAGCCAUUGUACCCUAUAUAAGAGAAUUAAGGAAGCACAGUCACGUGAUGUGGAUACCUCAAGACCCUAUAGACGAAGCAACUUUGGAUGACCGAAGGCGUAUGCUUUCCAACAAACUGGUGAAUAAAUACAACAAGAUUGCAAAAGCUGUCUUUGAGACAAACGGAAUUCCAAUAUGGUGGUCAUCGUUCCAAAUUGCCCAUCAUUUCCGUUCAUUUUUCGUGCCAGGAGACUGUAUUCAUCUCAAGUCAACCUUCGUGGAUAAAUACAAAAGUCAAAUCUUAGUGAACUGGCUAUGCAAGACUCAAAGGGGUCACACGAAAGUACUGGCAAACGCGAUGUAUUCGGAGUAGUGAAGUCAGGUACUGCCAAGCUUAUUGACAAAGACACAGCUGCAAAAACCAUGAGCUGGGGAUUCGAACACGUGACCUCAUAAGUCAGAUGCCGAGGGUUGCAACGAGCCAACCCAAUAACUAUCUAGGCCACCAAGACGUAGUGUGACUGUGUGUAUAGGUUUGUGAAACUCCUCGCUGAAAAGGAAACCAUACCUGGCUAACUUUCAAGAUGUUCUGAAAUGUCUGCACAUGGAACAAGCUAGUUGCUGCCCUGAAUACGUCUACAUGUACCCAAUUUGGGGAUUGUUAUGUGAACAACUGCCGUCAGCUUCUAAAUUUAGCUUGCCACUGUUUACAUAUGCUGAGUUCAGGGCCUGCUGUCUGCCUCUGCUUUAGAAUGUUCCAGAAUACGCUCAGUUCGGGGCCUAUUUGUUUACAACAAGUGUUCAAGAAUUUUCUUUAAUUCUAGAAAAUUCCACCAGUCUGUAUAAGAACUAUGAAAGCAGGUCAAAGAGAAGAAAGGAGAAUUGUUGAGAGUUUUGGAUGCUUUCGCUGUGUAUUACUUUAGUAGGCCUUUUGUGCUCAAUUUUUGUGUUUUUAUAGCCUCUGGCUUUGUUAUAUCACUUAUUCAGUCUGAACUUGUAUGUUU